AAUUUUAUCCUCCGGGGCACUUCUUUAUAAUCUCUUUCCUCCAUUCAUUUUUUUUGUUUCAUCUCAACACAAUUAUAUACGCCUCUCCGGAGUAUCAUUCUUAUUCUCUCUGGAGUAUUUACAAUGCAGAGCAAAUUUCUUUAUUUAAUUUGUAGCUGUAUUCAGAGUUACAUUUUAGGAGGAUAAGGUAUGUCUCUAAUUUUAUUACUUCAAAGUUCGUAUUUUAUUAAAACAAUUUUGUUUAAUGGCAGCUUUGUUAAAUUGUUGAUACUUUAUAUAGACAAGUACUUCGUAUAUAUAAAUUGUUUCUAUCGGCCAUUUAAAUUGGGAGUAUAUUUUAAUGUUGAUACUUUAUAAGUUGUCGAUACUUUAUAAAUUGUUUCAUCUCGUAUAUUAUUGUAUAGUUAUUCAUACAGUACUAUGUACAUUAAAAUAAUAAAAAUUUAUUUGGUAAAUAAUACUUCCUCCGUUCUUUUUUAGUUGCAACGGUCAACAUUUCACACUUGCCAAAACACGUCUUUGACCGUAAUUAUAUCUUAAUCUCUAUUAGUAUAAGAUAUUUAAAAAUUAGAUUUUGAAAAUUUGUAAUGAGAUGAAUUGAACAAUAUCUUUUUUAAAAAAUAAUUUUCAUAAAUAAUAAUAUAAAAUGUAGUCAAAGUAGUAUAUGUGAAUAGUGUAAAAUUCAACAUGUUGCGAUUAAAAAGAGACGGAGGAUAGUACUACGUAAGUCUGAGCAGCGGUGCCAUCAACAGUAUUAUUAGUAUGAGGAUGUUUUACUUAGAUUUAAUUCAGUCUCAGAGUGAAUUAGACUAUACUUAAAUAGAGCAAAUCACACCAGAUCAUACUUAAAAAUAGAAGAUCAUCUCAAACCAUACUUCUGCAAUUAUAAAUACUCAAGGAUCAGACAUAUUGCAGACCAGACCAGUUCAGACUAGACCAAACUAAAUCAUACUAGACCAUACCAGAUUAGACUUGAUCAAACCAAACCAGAAAGUUUUAGAGCCCGUCUCGUAACACUGAAAUCAAUUGAAUCGGAUGAUCAUGGUAAAAUUUAUGAAGUUCUGUCUUAAGUGGUUGUAUUGGUUGAUUCUGCUGAUCUAUGAAAAAAUUAAAUUUAAAAUAUAUUUUAUUAAUGAAAUAAAGAAAAAAUUAUAUGUAAAAAUAGCUAAAAUGAUCCUCUACAGUAACUUCUACCAAAACAUUCAGUAAAGUAAAUUCAACCUUUUUCCCCUUAUUAUUACACAUUCAGUGCGCGAAAUCAAAAGUUACGUGUUUGGCAAAACAAUGGUUGAAAAGCCUGAUAAGCUGAACAACAGUGUUACCAAACGGGCUCUUAGUCCAAUUAAAAACAUUCUUGGUAUCAAAUGAGUAAAGUAUGUGUAUAUGUAUUUGGACAAGUUAAUAUCGUUUCAUUUUGUGGAGAAAAUUAUUAUUGUGUAAUUAAUAUUUGGUCUAUAACAAUAAUGUCAAGACCGAACAAUAAAGAUUUUCCCCCAAAUUUCAGGAUAACAAUGGAUUAUAGAAAUGAACGUCGUUGGAUGUAUAAACGAGUGAAUCCCGGUCGGAAAGGGUUAAGAGAUGAAUUUAAAGCUGGAGUGGAUAAUUUUGUGGAUUUCGCGUGUGUACAACCAACUUUUGUUGAGAACAAUGUUAUUAAAUGUCCUUGUACAAAAUGUAGGAAUCGCCGUUAUAAAAAUCCAGGAGAUGUAAAACUUCACCUUUACAAAUGGGGUUUUGAGUCAAACUAUUGGUGUUGGAUUUACCAUGGUGAAGAGGUUUUACAAUCCAGUGUAAAUUUUGAUGAUACAUCUCACAACCAUGUGGAUGGAGAUGACAUGUAUGAAACAAUGAUUUAUGAUAAUUUUGGAUUGAACCAAGAACCUAGUUAUCUUAAUCGAGACAUUGAGGGCCCACAUGAUAGUGCCAAACAAUUUUACGAGUUAUUGGAUUCUGCUCAACAACCGUUGUGGUCAGGAUGUACAGCAGAUACUGAAUUAUCUUUUACCCUUAAGAUGAUGAGUAUUAAGUCAUCCUAUAACAUUGCACAAAAAGCAAUGGAUGAGAUAUUCGAUGCUUGCAAUCGAGCAAUGCCAUCACCAAAUAAGGUGCCAUCUAGUUUCUAUGAAGCUGAAAAAUUGGUCUCUAAACUCGGUCUUGGUCAUGAAAAAAUUGAUUGUUGUGUGAAUGGAUGCAUGUUGUAUUAUAAGGAGGAUAUUGCAUUGGCACAAUGCAAAUUUUGUUUUGAGCCACGCUUCAAAAAAAGUAAUAAGCCAAAUUCAAAAGUUCCUCGAAAAAGGAUGCACUACUUACCACUUAUUCCGAGGUUACAAUGGUUAUUCGCAUCACCGAGUUCUGCUAAACAUAUGAGGUGGCAUUUUGAAAAUCAACGUGAGCCCGGUGUUAUGUGUCACCCAUCAGAUGGUGAGGCAUGGAAACACUUUGAUCAAAUGUACCCUCAAUUUGCUUCAAAACCACGCAAUGUUAGACUUGGAAUUUGUUCAGAUGGCUUCUCUCCAUUUGGUAUGUCUGCCAAAUCAUAUUCAUGUUGGCCCAUUAUUGUUACAGUGUACAACUUGCCACCCUCAAUGUGUAUGACGACUCCUUAUAUGUUUUUGACUUCUAUUAUUCCCGGUAAGCAUAACCCAAAGACUAAAAUAGAUGUGUACUUACAACCAUUGAUUGAUGAGUUGAAGUGUUUGUGGGAAACAGGUGUUGUCACUUAUGAUGUAUCCUUAAAGCACAACUUUGUAUUGAAAGCAGCUUUAAUGUGGACAAUAAGUGAUUUUCCCGCAUAUGGGAUGUUAUCAGGUUGGCAAACUGCUGGGAAACUGUCAUGCCCAUAUCAGGUUGGCUUUACUGAAUAUCUCAAAAUGAUUUUUCUUUAAAUACUCCGCUGCUCUUGAGCCCCUGUGGCCUGCAGUAGCACAGAAAAAUUAUUACUAAUAUCCAUUGGCUUCCAAACUCUAGCUUCUCCAAAUGAAAAAGGCAGGUUCAGUCUUGGGAUAGCAACAGUUCAAAGUGCCAAACGUGAAAAUCCUGUAUUAGACAUUUUAAACUAAUAUCUACGUACUAGACAGUAUAGACUAAUGUCUGCCUGUAUAAUUUGACUUGUAAAGCAUUAGUAAUUGUGCCUAGAAUUAUAUUGAUUUUUGAACCACAGAUGGUGCGUAUUAAUCGUGAGAUUCAGAAUGGAAACAUAUCACGAAUCAUCACUUACCCACCUGCAGUAAUCAAUGCUCAAAAUCGUUAUCAACCACGAGAUCCAAGCUCUUCUACUUCAUGUCCAUCUCAAAAUGCACCAACCAGCUCAGAUGAUUCUACUACCCUGGUUACCCCAUCUACUCCACCACUAUCUCCCCUUGUAAACCAAGAACCUAAGAUGGAGAUUAUUCCUGGCGGCAUUUUUGGGUAACUUAAGUAUUAAACUAUCUUCUAUUGCACUCAAUCAAACUUAAUCUGGUACCUCAAUUAAGAAUUAAUAGGUAGUCAUAGUUAUAUCCAUUUUUUUGUAAAUGAUUAAAAUAUUUCUUCUAUAUAUGUUUAUAACUUAGUGAAUGUUUGCAGUUUUAUUCCAUGCAAGGCAAAUCGUUUUGUCAUGCCGUGUAUUACGAAGAAGUUUGAUGAACCGAUUCGCUCUUAUACACGUGCUUCACCAGGAUUGAAGAAAGCUUGGUUGAGUUUAUUCAAUGUAAUAUCUACUGAAUUAUUUUUCUUCAUUAUAGAAACUAGUAACUGCCAUAUUCAAUUUGCUAACUUGCUAACUUUUCUUUCAAUGAACUCAAUGUACACUAAAACAGGAAGGUGAUGCAUGUAUUUUCAAUAACUUGUUAUACAUUGUUUUAUUACUUUAUGUUACAAAAUUGUGGUCUUGUGUAAUUAAAUUUGUAGGAGAAGUAUUAUUGGAGGCCGGAAUAUCAUUCACGCAUUACAAAGAAUUUCAACAAGAAAGGAUCGGAAGGUUUAUCACGUGCACUAUCUAGUGCUCGAAAGACAAAGCAAUGUCCAGAAUGGAUUAUUCUUCCAAUAUGGGUUCAGCUACUUGAGCAAUGGAGGGAUGCAAAAUUCAUUAGCAAAUGCAAUACUAAUAAAAAAAAUAGGAACUCUGAUGUGGGCAUGGCAUUGCACACUGGAGGAUCUAUACCCAUUACAGAGUACUGCCGAAGAUAUGAAGAAAAGCAUAACCAGACAGCACCCCCGGAAAUAGUAUAUCUGCAAACACAUACAAAAGCAGACGGUACAUUUGUUACACCAAAAGCUAAAAAAAUUUAUGACUCAUAUGAAGAACUAAAGUCAAAGGAGCCGAAUGCCAAGUCUCAAGAUCUAUUGUUGAAGGCUGCUGGUGGCCGAAAGAAAGGAGGAAAAGUUACUGGUUUUGCCUCAGCUAGUGUCUAUUUCUUUCCUUCAGCCUCUACUUCUCAGAAAUUCAAGAACAAUCAUACGAGGACAAAUUACUUCAACAACGUCUGGAAGAGGUUGAGAAGUCCAAUAGUGUUCUUUUAGAAACUAAUAAAGAACUUGUGCAGUUUAAAGAAUCUGCAUCUGUUACACUAGCAGAAAUGCAAGGCAUUAUUCAGUCUAUGAAAAUGACACAACCAUUGCAACAAGUUUCAUAUAUGAAUGUGCUCCCAAGGCAAAAUAUGCAACAAGGUACUUUUAUGGGUUCUCUUCCACACCAUCAACAAAGUGCUUACAUAAAUAUUUCUCCACAACAACCCCAAGCGGGAUCUUUUAUGAGCAUGUUGAUGCCCCAACCUUCACCAAUCUUCAAUAACAGCUACACUCGUUCAAACCGGGGUGAAAAUGGAUGUGGAACAUGAUCUCAUUCAGUGACUUUGUAAUCCUUUUAAGGAAUUGUAUUUUUGAAUUUUAUCAAGUAUCUUUUAAUUGACUUGUGAUGCAGAAUAAUAUAUGUCUUGAAGGACUUCUAAUCUAUUUCAAUGGAAUGUUUGAUGUUUAUUUAUACGGUUUAGUAUUUAUAUGAAUAUGGUUCGUAUUU